AUGACUACCACUGUCAUUGAUUUUUGUACUCCUCCUGUUCCUGGGGAACGUCACAAGUAUUAUGGUGAUGCUCAUAACAAGUUUAUCAAGCUUCCGCAGCUUGCAGUACAAUCUUCACCCGCUAUCACUACUCCCACUACUACUACUACUAAUACUACUGUUGCCCCUGUCACUCGGGGAGCCGAAUCCAAUGCCGCGAUAACCACCCUUUCACCGCGUCCUUCUCCUCAACCAGCAGAAUCAACCACCCAUGGAAAGAAAAUUGAGCAACAAAAGACACUCCAUUCGCUUGCAUCCACCGGCAAUUUGGCUAUCUUCAAACAAGUCUUACAACUGUUGCCUGAUCCCCUCAAAGCCGUCAAUGAUCCUCAUCCUUCGACGGGUCUCACUCCCAUUCACUUUGCAGCAUCGCGUGGCCAUGUGGAGAUUGUGCGUUGUUUAGUGGAGGAUUAUCAUGUAUCAGUUGACUCACGAGACAAGGAAGGCGAGACACCUUUACUCAAAGCAUCGUAUGCUGGUCAUUUCCACGUGGUGCAAUACCUCCUAUCGAAAAAGGCAAACAUCCAUCAAAAGGAUAAGGAUGGGUGGUCAGCGUUGCACAAUGCUUGUUCUCGAGGCAACUUGCCAAUCGUUCGUCUCUUGGUCGAAAGGAAUGCACGCGUCAACGCCCAAAACAAAACGGGUCACACUCCUCUCAUCAACGCCGCAUCCAAGGGGCACAUGUCCAUUGUCGAAUACCUACUUGAGGAAGCCAAUGCCAAUCCACUUAUCAAGAACAACUUCCAAGAAGCCGCUUAUGAUGUUAGCGCAGCAUCCGGUGAAGCUGGUGAAGCGUAUAUUUGUGAAAUGCUUGAAAAGGCUGGUACCAAUUGGUGGCCUGUACUACAAAUGGAAGGCGAGGUACCAGCAGGAUCGACUUAUGAAUUGCACGAGUAUCAUGUUACGGUGAUGGUGAUUAUCCAUGAGAAUCAGCGAUCGUCAUCAUUAUUGGGAUUGUCACGACCUCAAUUCAGUGCCGCAGCUCUCACAAAGCGUGAACAUGAAGAUCGUGGUCCUUGGUCGCUUCAUCCAUUUGGUAUUCCCACAUCCAAGGAAACAGUCAGCCUACCACAAAGCACCAAUAGUCGUGUUCCUGGUGGAUCCAAUUGGUUCUGGUUGACGGAUUGGCAAAUCGAUUACAGCGAUCCACGCGUUGACCCAACUUCAGGAUGGCAAUACUCUCGAUCUUUUGAUGAUGAUGAUCAAGCAUGGACUCCUGUUGCACCAACCUCUGGUUAUGGAUGGGUACGUCGUCGUCGUUGGGUGCGUGUAAUGAAGCGACGUAUGGAUUUGGUCAAAGGCAAUGUACGCGGUGAUGAUGAUGAUGAUACCAACUUGCCAAAUGAUGCGACGAUGGAUGUUGAAUUGCAAAAGGAUUAUCUGGAACAAGCAGAGGAGUUGGUACAAAAUGCAAAGAAUGACAACAAUGAAGCAGCAACGACAACCACCGAGAGCACAGAUGUUACAACAAGGACAAUUCGGCAAUUGACAACCGAGCUACGUGUGUUUGAAGAAGCAGUACAAAUGUUGUUGGCUGGAAUUAAAACUGACACCAAUCAAUUCCGCAAACAUCAAGCAACGAUCUUGGUAAAGUCGCACACGGCGCACAUUGAAUCGCUCAAUGCACGGAUCACAGCGCUCGGAUCAAAACUUUCAACACCCGUGGGACCCGUUCAACAUAAUCCAGAACUUGCUCGAGAGUUGGGAUUUUCAAUUGGCAAUGAUCAACAUGGAGCAUUGAAUGAUUUACAAGCAACAACAUCUACUACGGAUCAACGAGGUGAUCAUCAAACGAUUGGAUACAUUGAUGGUUCAAGCACUGGUAUGGUGGCAACAGACUUUGACGCCAACCCUUGGAGCCGAGAUAGUGGGAAUUCGGAAGCACAGCCGACGUGGGUCAGCGUCCAUGACCAACAACAACACGAGAGUUCUAGUUUGAAUCAUGUCGAUUUGUUGGGUCACGACGACAACAAUGGUGAUGACGAUGCAUUGGCUGUAUCCCGAUAUGAUGAUGAGCCUGAAGAUCAAGGAUUACGUGCAUUUGAAUGGGAAGCGGAUAUCAAUGCUAAGGAAUGUCGUCGUUGCGCACGCCGAUUUGGAAUCCUUGUACGACGUCAUCAUUGUCGACGUUGUGGAUUAAUUGUAUGCGAUCGUUGCUCUGCUUCAAGGACCUAUCUCAAUGCAUCCGAAAUAUUACAAGAUCCAAAUGGCCCCAGAGAAUCGGUUCAAGUAUUGGCCACGCAGCAUCAUCGUGUUUGUGACAAAUGCUAUGCCGAUUUGGGUUUGAGUCAGGCGUAA